GGUAUAUUACCUAAAUCAAGCCUGUCAUUGGUUCUUCACCCCACCUUCUAUUCAUUCCUGAUCUCUUUGUCUCUCGAGCCUGACCUGGCUUCUUGUUCCCCUUCCAGCCUUGGUUUCUCUUCAACUUGCUUUGCUUCUCACAGAGCAUCCUCCACUGAGCCAUUGCUGCGUGCGCACUUGCAACUACUCUCUCACCAUGGCUCCUCAUGCGAACGGCAGCCAGUCUGGCAACGGCUCCAUCUCGACGUCUCGGUACCAUGCCUCGUCGACCCAGGGUGCAAUUGAUUCCGAGCACAAGUAUGCGGCUCACAACUACCACCCCUUGCCGGUUGUCUUCGCUCGUGCUUCAGGCGUCGACGUGUGGGAUCCUGAGGGAAAGCACUACAUCGACUUCCUGUCUGCCUACAGCGCAGUCAACCAAGGUCAUUGCCACCCCGAGCUGGUCAAGGCUCUGACGGAACAAGCAGGCCGACUUACAUUGAGUUCGCGCGCUUUCCAUAACGACGUCUUCCCCAAGUGGGCAGAGAAAGUGCAGCAGAUGUUUGGCUACGACAUGGUGCUGCCAAUGAACACGGGGGCUGAGGCCGUAGAGACGGCCAUCAAGAUUGCGAGAAAGUGGGCCUACAAAGUGAAGGGCGUUGCUCCAGGCGAUGCCUUGAUAUUCGGUGUCGAGGAGAACUUCCACGGUCGAACAAUGACAGCAGUGACGUUAUCUACCGACCCGGAGUCCAGAGACAAUUAUGGUCCAUAUGUGCCCAAUGUUGGUGCCCUCAGCCCUUCUACCGGCAAAGCGAUCCGAUACAACAAUGUCGCAGAUUUGGAGGAAGUCCUCGAGGCUCAUGGGAAGCAGACGGCUGCGUUCAUUGUCGAGCCUAUUCAGGGCGAGGCGGGAGUUGUCGUCCCCGACGAAGGUUACCUGGCCAAGGUCCAAGAGCUUUGCAAGAAGCACAAUGUGCUGUUUAUCUGCGACGAGAUCCAAACUGGAAUCGGUCGCACCGGGCGAAUGCUAUGCUCCGAAUGGGCUGGAAUCAAGCCAGACAUGGUCACGCUAGGGAAGGCCAUCUCGGGUGGCAUGUACCCUGUGAGCUGUGUCCUCAGUAGCAAGGAGAUCAUGCUCGUAGUUGAGCCUGGAACCCACGGAUCCACGUAUGGUGGCAACCCAUUGGGAUGCGCUGUUUCCAUUCGCGCGCUUGAGAUCAUGGAAGAGGAGCAACUCACUGAGAAAGCAGAGAAACUGGGCAGCAUCUUCCGGGAUAGCUUGACUGCUCUCAAGUCGCCACUCAUCAAGACUGUUCGGGGCAAAGGUCUGCUCAAUGCUGUCGUGAUUGACGAGUCGCAAACCGGGGGGCAUUCGGCAUGGGACUUGUGUCUUCUGCUCAAGGAGAAGGGACUUUUGGCUAAACCUACGCAUGGCAACAUCAUUCGCUUUGCACCACCAUUGGUUAUCUCCGAGAUGCAGCUUCGUAAGGCCGUGACCAUCAUCGGUGAGGCUUUGACAGAGUUGCCCAAAAUGAAGAAGCACGAGGACGUUCAUGUGGGAUUGGAGAAUUGAUACCACCCCACACUUGUCCGACACACACCCCGCAGUGACACAUAUACAAGGUCUUUAUUAUUUGUGAAUUAGGUGGCGUUGGUGUCUGACGGAACCCGCAUUGACAGGAAAAUAUAGAGUGGAAAAUGGAAAAUAGUGAGGGCGAGUUAGCAAGGCUAUCUAUGAGGUGGAGGGGAAGCGUGGUAAGCCCGAGGUCUCCCCCCCCCCCUCUUCUAUCUAGUAUGCGGGUUGACCUAUGAGGAUCAUGGAUACAGAGGACAAUAAACACAUCCCAAUGGAAACGUACGAGCAGGAAUGGUUCAAAGGAUAGUACCAGGUGUUUAUGAAAAUCAAAUAGGGUCAGCUAAUUCCUAGAUCGAACUCGGUACUAAGCAUGUGUAACUUGAUACCCAAUUGAGGAAUUCCCCAUUCAUCACAGCUACAUGAGCGUCAAGUUGCAAGCAAAGUAGGCUGUAGUAAUUAUUGGUCCAUUCAUCA